AUGGGUGAGGAUGUGCUCCCUCUCAUGGGCUCAGGCAUAGAGCUGACUAAGGUGCCAGCUAUUCAACAGAAAAAAACUAUGGCAUUUCUAAACCAGUUUGUGGUGCACACUGUACAGUUCCUCAACUGCUUUUCUACAGUUUGUGGGGAGAAACUAGCAGACCUUUCUCUUCGUAUCCAGCAGAUUGAAACAACUCUCAAUAUUUUAGAUGCAAAGUUAUCAUCUAUCCCGGGCCUAGAUGAUGUCACAUUUGAAGUAUCUCCUGUAAAUGUCGCUAGGAUCACAAACGGAACACACUCUGAAGCCACUUCAGAGCAAUCACAGCAGAACAGUUUACAAGACUCUGGACCACAGGAAAGUAAAGUAACACCAGAAAGUAUCUUAACUGUAGCCAAGGAUCCAAGAUAUGCCAGAUAUCUCAAAAUGGUUCAAGUGGGUGUUCCAGUGGUGGCAAUAAGAAACAAAAUGAUAUCGGAAGGACUAGACCCAGAUCUUCUUGAGAGGCCAGAUGCUCCAGUGCCUGAUGGUGAAGGUGAAAAAAACACAGAAGAAAGUUCAGAUAACAAAUCUUCUUUUAGUGACUAAGCUUCAUUU